UGCAUUUUGAUUGGAAUUAUAAUCCUCCCACGAAAAAAAAUUAGAACUUUUUCAAAUUUCUUUUGUUCUUGCAUUAAAAGAUUGAUUUACUAAGGGGGGGCAGAAUGCCCUUGGGAUAUUAAGGCUGCAAGAAUGGGUUGUUUUUCAUGUUUUUCAUGCCAUGAAAGAAAAGCUUCAAAGAAAUGUAAAGACAGAAAACAAGGUGGGCCCAUGCUCGCCUCCAAUUCGCACAGGGGAUCGCCUUCGCAACCUCUCAACCAUUCACGACAACAACCUUCUUACCAGUCGACCAAUGAGCACCAUAAGAGGCCAAUAGCAAUUGAACCUUCGCAUAGCAAGGGCUCCAACAGCCACGAAACAGCUGCCACCAACAUUAUCGCUGCACAAACUUUCACUUUUCGAGAGUUAGCAACCGCCACAAAGAAUUUCAGGCAAGAAUAUAUGCUCGGUGAAGGAGGAUUUGGGCGGGUUUACAAAGGCCGUCUCGGAAAGUCCAACCAGAUGGUGGCUGUUAAGCAACUCGACAGAAACGGACUUCAAGGAAACCGGGAGUUUCUAGUUGAGGUUCUAAUGCUGAGCCUUCUACACCACCAAAAUCUAGUGAACUUGAUCGGGUACUGUGCAGAUGGCGAGCAGAGGCUUUUGGUUUACGAAUACAUGCCUUUGGGAGCUCUAGAAGAUCAUCUACUCGACCUUCGACAGGGGCAGCCCCCAUUGCCUUGGUUUACAAGGAUGAAAAUCGCAUUACACGCAGCAAAGGGGCUUGAGUACCUGCACGACAAGGCUAACCCGCCUGUUAUUUACCGAGACCUCAAGUCAUCCAAUAUUCUGCUUGACAGGGAGUACAAUGCCAAGCUGUCAGAUUUCGGGCUUGCGAAGCUGGGGCCCGUAGGAGAAAUGACACACGUGUCGACCCGCGUGAUGGGGACUUACGGGUAUUGUGCCCCUGAGUAUCAGAAGACGGGCCAGCUGACAGCUAAAUCGGAUGUCUACAGCUUUGGUGUUGUGCUUUUGGAGCUCAUCACGGGCCUUCGGGCCGUAGACACCAGGAGGAUGGCCCAUCAGCAAAAUCUUGUCACAUGGGCCGACCCGAUAUUCAAGGAGCCGAACAGGUUCUCGGAGCUGAUGGACCCGCUCCUGAAGGGGGAAUUCCCGAAGAAGAGCUUCAACCAGGUGGUGGCCGUCGCCGCCAUGUGCCUACAGGAGGACGCCGCCAUCCGCCCCCUCAUAAGCGACGUCGUGACGGCGCUGAGCUGCCUCCCGAACGAGCCCGACGCCCGGUAUCGCUCCCCAGCCUCCACUGCCGCUCCUCAAGUGACGGCGGCGGACGAGAGCCGAGGCAACGCCGCCUUCGACUCCGCUGCAGCCAGCCUGGCCGCCGUGGAGAGAGAGCGGGCGGUGGCGGAGGCCAUGGCCUGGGGUUCCAAGUCCAGGCACAAUAGCAGUCAUUGAUUAGGUUUCGCAUUAUUUGUUUAUUUAUCCUGCUGGAUUCAUUUUAAGUGUCACCACACCUUAGUGUAAAUUUGUGAUAUAUAUAUAUGAGGUUUAUUUAAUUUUACAUGGUCCUUAACAAUUUUUUUUCAACAUACAUAUGCUUCUUCUCA